AUGGCUCCUCCUCCUACAGAGAAGAGCCAAUUGAAACGUCCAAGAGGUUCUCUGCCAGAGUCAGAAACGGAUGCGAAGAAGCCCCGCCGCGCCGAGAGGCCAUCAGUCGACAAGACCCCCGUUUCCCAAAAACACCACCUGCCGUCGCCCGUUACUAAAGGGUCUGACAACUCGGACGACCGCGACGAUCGUGAUGCGUAUAAGGAGCCAACCGCGACGCCGCCCGAGGGACGUCCCAGCCAGGUAAUCCACCGUGACAGAGACGAUAACUCCCAGUCCCAGGCCGUGAACAGCCAUUCCUCCCCGCCCCAGGAUACCCAGGCCUUCUCACAAUACCCGGCCGAUAAUAAGGAUGCCCUAUCGGACGAGGUCCAGGACGAGGUGAAGGAGGGCGUUUGGGGCUACCUGUUCCCGCUCGACACCAAGUACGGCAAGUGCUUGGUGAUGAAGAAGAGGGCCGCUUGUCCGCUGCCAGACACCCUCACCGCAAAAGACUCAACGCCUGAUCACAAGAAGGGGAAGUCGCCGUUGAAGAAGGAAGAAGAGGCAUACGAGAAGACAAAGAUAAAGGGGGUCGCCUCGGGCGGGUACUUGAUUGGCCGUCAUCCGGAGUGCGAUAUUGUGGUUGAUGACCCGGUUGUAUCAAAUCGGCACUGCUUGAUAUUCACCGAGAACAAGGGUGGCGACACCGUGGCCAUCUUGGAGGAUUUGUCUAGUAACGGAACGUUUGUGAACGAAGCCAAUGUUGGCCGCAACAAGCGGGGAGAGCUCCAGGAGCAAGACGAGAUUGCCGUGCUCGACAAGGCGCGCUUCAUCUUCAGAUACCCCAAGACCAGGCAAACAAGCGCGUUUCUCCAGCAGUACACGCUGUUGGAGAAGCUGGGCAAGGGUCACUUCGCCGAAGUCUUUCUUUGUGUCGAGAAAUCUACUGGCCAAAGGUACGCUGUCAAGAUCUUCACAAAGACACCAGGUAUGGAGGAGAGGUCGAAGCAGGAGGGUUUGCAACAAGAGAUCGCCGUCCUCAUGGGUGUCAGUCAUCCCAACGUGCUGUGCCUGAAGGACACUUUUAACGAACGAAACGCGGUAUAUCUCGUCCUGGAGCUGGCGCCAGAGGGAGAACUGUUUAACUUCAUUGUCAUGAAGCAAAAGCUCUCGGAGGAUGAGACGCGCAAACUCUUCACCCAAUUGUUCCAGGGCAUCAAGUACCUGCAUGACCGGAACAUUGUCCACCGCGACAUCAAGCCAGAAAAUAUCUUGAUGGUUGAUAAAGACCUGCACGUCAAAAUUGCAGACUUUGGUUUGGCCAAGAUUAUUGGUGAAGAGUCAUUCACAACGACGCUGUGUGGAACACCAAGUUAUGUCGCCCCAGAGAUCUUGGCUGAGGGUAGGCACCGAAAGUACACCAAGGCGGUCGAUAUUUGGUCCCUCGGUGUUGUCAUGUACAUCUGCCUUUGCGGCUUCCCCCCGUUCUCGGACGAGCUGUACUCGAAAGACUUCCCCUUUACAUUGUCUCAGCAGAUCAAGGGCGGUCGAUUUGAUUAUCCGUCACCAUACUGGGAUUCAGUUGGCGACCCAGCUCUUGAUCUGAUUGACUCGAUGUUGGUGGUGGACCCUGAGCGGCGCUUCACCAUCGACCAGUGUCUCAAUCACCCUUGGAUGACACAAAAGCCGCCAGGUGUCAACGACAGCACCGAUGGUCUGGUCGGUGGCAUUCAAGGCUUGGAGGUUCACCGACGUGGUGUCGUCAGAGAGCGGACGCUGCUCAGUACGUUGAACUCAGUGGAUGUCGCAGAAAGAAUUCCUGGACCGAACCAGAAGCCAGUGAAGAUUUAUUCGAAGAACACGACGAAGAAGAUGGCACCGAAGGAGGCCGACCCUGCAUCGCAGCGUCAUGUCGAGGAGUUCGUGGAGAUGGGCGGCAAGGGUGACCAGCCUCUGUUUGGUGCAGAUGGUGACAGCAUUUACUCGAAGAAGGACAUCUCCACCAACGAAGCGCAGAACGGCUCCAACGAGACGCAGUACGGCUCGAACAAGACUUCGAGCAAGGGGAUUUAA